UCCCUUCAAAUUAUUGGUCGCCCAAAGCGCAGUCGUGCUCUCCCGAUUGGUCGACGUACUCCCUGUCUCCGUCCACGAGCCACCAACUUCCUCCUCCUGCUUGGGGUGAAACCUCCUUUUUCCUCCCUCAGCUAAACGGCAAAGAUAGCAAGAUGACUCAGCAGCUUGGUCUCUGAGAAGAAAAAGUGGCAGAUGUCCAGGGAAAGUUCUCAAACAGACCAUGGCCCUGAGAGCAUGUGGCUUGAUCAUCUUCCGAAGACGCCUCAUUCCCAAGGUAGACAACACCUCAAUUGAGUUUCUGCUGCUGCAGGCAUCAGAUGGCAUUCAUCACUGGACUCCUCCUAAAGGCCAUGUGGAACCCGGAGAAAAUGAAUUGGAAACAGCCCUGCGGGAGACUCAAGAGGAAGCAGGCCUAAAAGCAAGCCAGCUGACCAUCAUUGAGGGGUUCAGAAGGGAGCUCAAUUAUGUGGCCAGGAAGAAGCCUAAAACAGUCAUCUACUGGCUGGCAGAGGUGAAGGACUAUGACGUAGAGAUCCGCCUCUCCCAUGAGCACCAAGCUUACCGCUGGCUGGGGCUGGAGGAGGCCUGCCAGUUGGCUCAGUUCAAGGAUAUGGAGGCAUUGCUCCAAGAAGGACACCAGUUUCUCUGCUCCACAGUGGCCUGAGCUGAAACAGUCAUUGGCCUCAGUAGGAUCCUUGAGGGCCUUCCUGAGAUGAACUCACCUUCAGCUCCAGGGAAGGUUGUGCUGGUCUUUGGCUCAUCAUAGCAAAGAACAGAUAGGUUAGUAUAUCAGCUGAGCACACACAGAGGCAAGCAGGCAAAAAUCUUAGCUGGGUGGAAAGGAAGGUGAAGGAGGAGUUUUAAAAAAAGGCAUCCUUGUACACAAUAAACCUUAAGC